AUGGCCUCCAACGGCUCCGCAAGCGAAGGCUCCACCUCCAAAGUCGCCAGCCAGAGCCUACUCGACCCCCACCACAAGGACCCAUUCGCGUUUGAUCCUACCGAACCACUCGUGCUGUUUAUCGUUCAAGCCGUUAUCAUCAUCUCAUUCUGUAACAUCAUCGGGUUUUUCUUCAAGCGGAUCCGCCAGCCCAAAGUCAUCUCAGAGGUCAUUGGGGGGAUCAUCCUGGGCCCAACGGCCAUGGGAAGGAUCCCCAACUUCUCCCACACCAUCUUCCCGACCUCCUCGAUCCCGUUCCUCUCCCUAGUAGCCAACAUCGGCCUGGUACUCUUCCUAUUCAUCAUUGGACUGGAGGUGGACUUCAAGCUGUUCAAGCAGAACUGGCGCUCGGCCGCCGGGAUCGGCUUCUUUGGCCUCGCCAUCCCCUUCGGCAUCGGCGCCGCCGUCGCCGCCGGGAUCUACAACCGCUUCGUCGACGCCUCCACCGUCGAGUUCGGCCACUUCUUGCUCUUUAUCUGUGUCGCUUUCGCUAUCACCGCCUUCCCCGUCCUCUGUCGAAUCCUCACCGAACUCAAGCUACUCCAAAACCCCGUCGGAAUCGCCACCCUCGCAGCCGGAGUCGCAAACGAUGUUAUCGGCUGGAUCCUUUUGGCCCUCGCUGUCACCCUCGUCAACUCUGGCGCCGGCCUCACCGCACUCUACGUCAUGCUCACCGUUGCCGCGUGGAUCGUCUUCUUGGCCUUCGUCGUCCGUCCGGUCUUCAUCUUCCUCGCCAGACGGUCCGGCAGCUUCGAGAAAGGCCCCACACCCGGAAUCACCUGUCUUGUUCUCCUCAUGACCUUCACCUCAGCAUGGUUCACCCAGGUCAUCGGUGUCCAUUCCAUUUUCGGCGGCUUUCUCAUCGGAGUGAUCAUGCCCCAUGACGGUGGAUUUGCUAACAAGCUGGUCGCAAAGAUCGAAGACCUCGUCACCGUAUUCUUCUUGCCUCUCUACUUCACCCUCUCUGGCCUCUCCACUGAUCUCACGCAGCUUAACGAUGGUGCCCUUUGGGGCUGGACAGUCUGCGUACUCAUCAGCGCCGAAGUAUCGAAGUUUGUGCCCUGUUUUCUAAUGGCACGAUGGGGUGGCAUGGACUGGAGAGAGAGUGGCGCCGUUGGAAGUCUGAUGGCUUGCAAAGGCUUGGUGGAGCUUAUUGUUUUGAACAUAGGGCUCAAGGCUGGAGUUCUAAACACCAAGGUUUUCGCUAUGUUCGUACUGAUGGCGGUAGUGACCACCUUCGUAACUACCCCACUCACCCUACUCUUCUAUCCAGAAUCUUACCACCAUCGCAAGCGCAUUGAAAUCGCUCAGCAGAACGGUAGCAAGAUUUUCGCCUCUCAGCUUUCUGCCCACGCUUCAGAAAAGUCCAGCUUCCUAGUCGUACUCAGUCAACUUGAGCAUCUGCCUAGUGUUAUGUCUUUCAUCAAGUUGCUACAGCAACCUGUCAAGAGCACGCCCGCAGCCAUCGACGCACCAGGUCCGUCUGCUAUCGAUUCCGAAAAGCAAGACAGCUCGAUUGAAGCCACUCCAGCCAAAACCCCAGGAUUUUUACCACAAGUCUCCGCACUUCGUCUACUGGAGCUCAGUCAGCGUACUUCCGAUGUAAUGAAAGCAAGUGAUGUUGUUGAGACAAAAAAGUACGACCCAAUCCUCAAGAUCUUCAACACCUUUGCUCUCUUGAACGGGAUAGCGGUACCCAACACAAACAUGUCAAUCGUACUGGAAGAAGAGUUCGUGGGCGAAAUCGUUGCCGAAACUUUCCGGAUUUCUCCCCAGCUGGUCAUCCUUCCCUGGUACAUCAGCUCGGAUCGGAUUCCUCACAUGGCUGCGACCAGUGUCAACCCGAUUGAAAAGAUGCUGUCCAGCAGGAUGCAAUCUAGUCCUCAGUACGCCAACCUAGUUCGAGCAAUCUUCCAAAGAGUCGAGUGUGAUGUGGCCGUGCUCGUCGACUCUGGUUUCCGACUGGCUUCGCAUGAGGAGAACGCCGGACCUGCGACGCUGAUUAGCGACCGGAAGCAGCAUCUUCUCUGUGUGUUUGUUGGUGGCCCAGAUGACCGGGCAGCUCUAUCACUGGUCAUGCAACUCUCGCACCAUUCCAACGUGUUUGCGAGUGUCCUGCGGGUAGUCCGCACAGCCGAUCCAACGAGCGAAGAUGACCGACAGCUAGUCGAACAGCUGAAGUCGACGACCGGGCAGAAUCCGGAGACGUUACUGAACCAGAUGACGAUCAACAACCCGCUACGGCCUGGGGACACGCUUUACGGGCCGACGACGCCCGCGGGGAACCUGCAGUCGGAGACGGCCGACAACCUGCUCUGGGCGACGGCGGAGGAGAUGGCUGGACGGAGCGGCAAGCUGGCCGUCGAGACCGUCGAGACCUCGCUUCCCCUCCAGACCAUCAUCGCCCGGGCCAACGCUACCGCCCAUGGCCCCGAACUGAUGGUCGUCACCGGUCGGUCCCGACAGGGCGGCGAGAGCCAUGCCUCCGAGCUCAGCCAGUAUCUCAAGGAGCGCGCCGGCGACAAGCUCGGCGAGCCCUCCGAUCUCGCUCACCGGCUCGGCAUCGUCGCUUCCUCCGACGUCCGCAAGAGUCUUGGCGACGUCUCAUCUGCCCUCGUCGCCUCCCAAAUGGAAGGCAGGAUCCUCGUCAUCCAGGCCCGCUCCGUCACCUUUGAUCACAACAAGCAACGAAUCGAAGACCUUGAGAAGUCCGACUAA